CAGCUUUUCUAAACUGCAGUCUUCCCUGUGUUUCUAAGCCAAGCAGAAGAUCUUUCCGUGCUUCAUUUUCUUCUCUCGUCCUUUGCCAGCCACAACAAUCCAUCUAAAGAAUAUCUCCCAGCCCUGCCAGCGCCUUGAGAGAUGAGGCCUCCCUUCGGCCACUGCAGGCCACUUCACGAAAUGGCCGCCCCUCAACACAGUUUCCUUUUGGCCAGUUUAAAGGCUGACUGCCUCAAUAAGCCUUUUGUGCAGCGGUGCCGAGACUUAGCUAUGGUCAUAGACGACUUUCCUGCCAAGGAGUUGCAUCCCGUUUUUCCGUGGCUGGUGGAGAAUAUUUUCGGGAGCCUGGACGGCAUCACCGCAGGCUGGAACCUGUGUUCUUUGCAAGGAUACAUCAAGCCAGUGGAGUACGACGUCGCUCUUGCCUUCCUGGACCCCGGAGGUCCGAUGAUGAAGAUGGUCUACAAACUGCAAGCGGAGAAUUACCAAUACGACUUCCCCGUCUCUUAUCUUCCAGCCCCGGUGAAAGCUUUGAUACAAGAACGGAUCCUUCCAGAAUGUUCUCUGUAUCACAACAAGGUCCAGUUCUCUCCCUCUGGAGGUGUAGGCCUAAGCUUGGCUCUCAAUUCGUAUGAGUAUUACAUGUUCUACUUUGCCCUCAGCCUGAUUACACAGAGGAACACCAAUCCGGCGUAUAGUGCCAGCAUGUCGAACAGCGCCUACUUUGUCCUGGUGGAUCGCUACCUGAGCUGGUUCCUGCCCACAGAAGGGAGUGUCGUCCCGCCCCCAUCCUCCAACAUCGGGGGCGCCAUCCCCUCCCCGGCUCCCCACUCUCCUGCCAUGCCCUUCACGUCAUAUGGGAAGCACCCCACCAGCCUCCUGAAGAGGUACGUGGCGCACCAGACUUCCGCCAACGCCGACCCGGCCUCCCAGGAGAUCUGGAGAUCUGAGACCCUGCUGCAGGUCUUUGUGGAGAUGUGGCUCCAUCACUACUCCCCUGAGAUGUAUCAGAAGAUGCAGUCUCUACACAUCAAGGAGUCGUUAAAGCCCACGGAGGAACACGUCCUGGUGAUCCGGCUCCUAGUGAAACACUUGCACACCUUCAGCAACAGCCUGAAGCAUGGGGCGUCCGUGUCUCCGCCGGGACACUUACACACGACAAGUCCUCUGGAGGAGUUCAAGAGGAUCGUGAUCCCCCGUUGCGUCCAGCAGAAGCUCUACGUUUUCCUCCAGCACUGUUUCAGACAUUGGCCCCUGGACACCUCUUUCAAGGUCGUUCUGGAACUGUGGUUAAGCUACUUGCAGCCCUGGAGGUACGCCCCUGAAAAACCCACACAGAGCGCCGAUCAGGGCCCUUGCGACGUCCUGGAGAGGUGGACUCCCUUCGUCCAUGAAAAUCUGCUGAUGUAUACCAAGCUCUUCAUCAGUUUCUUGACCCGAGCACUCCGGACAGACCUGGUCAGUCCCAAGAAUGCCCUGAUGGUCUUCCGGGUGGCCAAAGUCUUUGCUCAGCCCAACCUGACCAAGAUGAUCCAGAAAGGAGAGCAGCUCUUUUUGGAGACAGAUUUGACCAUUCCACUGCGCCAGCACCGCCUCUCCUUGACCCCGUCUUUGGGGGGCAGCUACCUCUCCUGCCGGACCCCGACCCUGACGGAUGCCUCCUUUAAGGUCAAGAGCCACGUCUACAGCCUUGAAGGGCAGGACGUCCAGUACAAGCAGAUGUUCGGGCUGGAUGUCUGGAACCAAGUCCUGCGGCUCAUCCAGAUGAUGGUCCAGGCCCAGCAGAGGGCCAAAUCAAUCUCGGACCAGGCCCUGGAAGCUCUGUCCAACCAGUCCUACUUCUCCUGGUUCUGUCUUGGACCCUCGGACCCAAACUACUCCUACAUGGGCAACGACCUGGACGAAGUCGGGCAGGAGAGCAUCCGGAAGACCGAGGAGUACUUGGAGAAGGCACUCGAGUACCUGUGCCAAAUAUUUCGGCUCAGUGAAGACCAGCUCAACCAUCUGAUGCUGAAUUCGGGGGCGUCCCUGGAUGAAAACGAGAAAAAACAGCUCCCGGAUUGCACCGAGACGGAUGAGGGUCUGGUCUUGACCCCUCUUGGCCGGUACCAGAUCAUCAAUGGUUUGCGGAGGUUUGAGGUGGAUUAUCAGGGCGACCCGGAACUCCAGCCAAUCCGAAGUUACGAGAGUGCCACUCUUGUGAGGAUGCUCUUCCGGCUCUCUCUGGCCAUCAACAAACGCUUCUCAGGCCACAUGGAGGCCCUCUGCACCCGCGGCGACUUCCUUGGCGCCUUUUCCCGUUACCACCUCACCGACCCUUCCCUGGUGUCCAGGGUCAAGCGCAGUCCACUGUCCAGGCGGCGGCCAGAGUGGACGGAGCGGCCAAGGGUUAGCCUGCGGUUUCUAGCCAGCUACCACUUCCUCCUCUCUUUUCUGGUCGUCUACUUCAUGGCUUCAUGGUUCUGUGUCGGGCCCAUAGCCUUUGCAUUCCUCCUCCUCCUUGGAUACCUCUGUUAUGCCUCCGCCAAGGUUUUCUGGACCGAAAGGGGGAGACCCCACCAACAAUGACUCUAAUACCUAUGUUUCCUUAAAAGUCGCUCUUAAAUUCACUCAUUCCUGGUGGCCCCUGAUUAAGGCCACGACCUGUGGGACUCAUUACUUGUGAAUAAACCAGAGUGGCAGCCAUUUUGUGGGGGAAUCAGGGGCUCUGUAUUUUCCGCAAUGUGUUUUGGACUGAUGUUAUAAUUUGAAGUUAUGGUUCCUUGGUAACUCUAGUAAGUUGAAUCUAUUGUAGUCUGAUUUGAAAUGGUAUAAUAAUUGUGUGUGUGUAUGUGUGUGCGCGCCCGCGUAUGUGUGUGCGUGUGUGCAUAUUACAGUUUAUGUAGGUGGGUCAGAGUUCUUUGUGAUUAGUUAAUCUUCAUUUAUUGUGAUAAAUUCGUGUUUUAGUAACAUGUCACAGUGUUAGUUUAAUGUAGUUUAGGUUAGUUUAUAAUUUUAGCUAUAUAUAGAUACUAUGCAUGCACAGUUUUUUUCCCCUUUACUUUUCCCUUUCCAUAUGUCAAGUAUGUUGUUGUAAUUUAGUUCGUAUGUUUUAAAAUUAACAAAUAUAAACCUUUCCAAAAAAAAGUCCAAAAAAGAGAGCAA